GAAAUUUGAUAAAAAUGCACAUACGAAGCCGGAAGUAAAAUUACCAUUGGCCAGUCUUUCGAUCCCUUAACAAUUUAGUCAAUGACGUAGAAGAAAUGUUAGUUUUGAAAUAUUACUGUGGAUGUAGUAAUUCGUGGGAAAUAUAAGGAGCAUGAGAAAUGAAUGGAGCAUGCUUCAGUUAUAUCAUCUGGGCCAGUACGGCAACAACGGUCGUCGCCUGUGGUAUUCUCUUUCUUAUGUGGAAUAGUUUUUCACGUCGGCGGCGUAAUAAACGAAAAAAAGAACCUCAUAUCUCGAAUAGACACUUCUGCGAUGACAGCAUGCAAGAUCAAAGACCAUACUGGGGGGAGUUCCAGUUAUCGCGCAGAAGAGAUGAUAUAGAUGCUGUGCAGCAUGCACAAAGAUGCAGUAUAGAUGAACAUGGAACUCGCCAGAAGAUUCGGAAUUACCAGUCGUCUGUUCUUCGCCCUACUCCUGUGCCUUCUAAUUCUUUGCCUCCAAGAAAGGAAUACCUCCCUUCAAGAAAUAACGCGUCCCCAACAGGUUUAGAUGAUCAUCGAAAAAGAGAUCAAAAUUUAAAUAAUAUGGACACAUCUUCUAUUUCUUGGAGGGAAAGAGGCAAGACAUCCAAUAGUUUUGCUACGUCAUCAUUUCACUAUGGUACCAUGUAUGCUGUUUCUGAGCGGAGUAAUAAAAAAACAGUGGGAGGGAAGCUUAUUGUGUCAGUGGCUCGCAAUGUGACUUCACGAGGAGACUGUUUGGUGCUUGAUGAUAUGGGAAUAUCGUUGUUGAUACCACCCAAUGCUGUUCCAGAGGGAGAAGAAAAACUUGUGUGUCUCGUUCUCAAUUGGGAUUUAAGCGAUAACCCUCUCAUGUCAGUGUCCGAUUCUCUCGUGAGUCCGGUGGUAUUUGUUGGGCCUCACGGAAUUAAACUGAAUAAGCCAUGCCAAUUGCGUUAUCGCCAUUGCGCUUACGAUCCACGUCAUAUUGUCGUCAUGCGCAGUGAAACUGACCUCCAUGAAGACAAAGCAUGGUUGGAGAUAUAUGGUCAGGAAAAUGAAGAAAAUAAUUGUUUUCUGUCAUCCGACGAAUGCAGACUGACAAUUAAUACUUUCACAUUGUAUACAUGCAUUCAAAGACCUUUGAGAAAUCUGAAAAUGGCCAAGUGGCUACAAAUUGCAGCUUUCUCAAAUCCGCUGGAAAAGCGCAUCGAUCACCAUGAGGUAAGGGUUUACUUUCUGAACAAAACCCCCUGUGCUUUACAAUGGGCAAUUCAAAAUGAGGCCCAGUUUCAACACGUACUCAUGUGUCCAGAGAAAGCCUUUUUAUUCCAUGGGCAAGUCGAAGACAUUCUGGACAUCAAAGUAACACUAAAGUAUUUGUCAUCAGAAUGGGAAAGUAUCGAAAAUGAUGAAUACGAACGCGUUCCAUAUCUCCAUAUCUGGCACGGGCAAUGUCCUCAUAUCUGUAUGUGCUUCAAAAAGAAAGCACGUCACUCAGUUAGAGAGCUGAAUUUUCACCUGAACGUUUAUCAAGAAACGCUGGAAAAUGAAGGCGAAAAGAUCGUAGUGCAUGCAACGGAGGAGUCGAAAAGGGUAAUUGAUAAUUCAUGUAUUAUCAACAUCAGUACUAGUCAAAAUGAAAACAAGCCAAUUCCAAACAUCGAAGUGAACAGAACAGAAGAAAACGUAAACGUCUCAGUAAUUCCAAGUCAGUGCUGUUCUGUGUCAUUCUUGGAGGAAGUGUGUAAAAGCAGUCGACAUUAUAUACCAUACGACCUCAGGAAUCAGCUUAAGAUUAAACUGGAUCCAUACAAUCCCCUUGGAAAUGAUUGGCGUCGACUAGCAGAAUUCUUAGACAUGACACCAUGCAUCGAAUACCUUGGGAGUAUUAGAUCCAGUCCCACAGAAGUUCUUUUAUGUGUUGUUGAACAUCGCAAUAUGACCCUCGAAGAACUGGCGAGUGUGUUGAACAACAUUACGAGACAUGACGCAGAGAGGAUUGUUCGACAAUUCAUAUCUCGAGAAACCCAACUCGAGUCGACAGAGUUGUAUGAAAGGAAUGGAUAUCAGCAUGACGAGAGAAAAGUGAAUGACUUAUCUUAUCAAAACUACGCUUAUAUGUAAUUCCAAAUCGUUAUGCAUGUACAUUUAUGUUGAAUUGUUUCACCUGUGAGAACAAACACUUUAUUUGGUGCUAGUCAUGGUAAUCAGUCAAUCAUGUUUUGGUGCAUUUGACAUAUCGUCCAAGGAAUCAAGGAGGGGUUGAAAAAUAUGCAUUAAUUAUUUGUAUUUGAUUUCUAAGCACAGUUAAAAUUAAUUCCCGUUUUCUUGUUUUCAAUGUACUGAGUAUGCAAGGUGGAGAAUUGGGUGUCUGAAUUAUAUUAGGUUAUACAUGUAUGUGUCGUUUAUAACUGUCCAGUUGGGAAUGAUUAAUAUUUCAGUUACCAAUGGUUUUAUAAUUGUGACCCGUUUGUCUUUUGCAAAUGUUGCUGCUUUAAUUAACUCUGAAAAAUGGAACAUCCAAUUACCACUGGAGAUAUUUAUAAAACGGAUAUUACCAAGUCUUAUUCUAUAGGGUAAUAAAAAUGGAUAUUGA